AUGGCCGACUACCAAAUUAGGGAGGCAGCGCAUUCACUUCUUAGCAGUGUCUCAAGUCCGCCAUAUAGAAAUUUAUCCCACUCUCAGUCAGUUAACCUUGUAUCUGAAGACCUGGUAGCCGGUCACAGGCCUCAAGGAAGAAUGUCUACAGUACGGAGAUUCUUUUGUCUGUUUGUGACAUUUGACAUACUGUUCACGAGUCUUAUGUGGUUGAUUUGUGUUAUGAUGAAAGGAGAAACGCUAAUGCAGAUAUUUAACAGAGAAAUACUACACUACAACAUAAAAAUAUCACUGUUCGACAUAGUUAUUGUGGCUGUUCUGAGAUUUUUAUUAUUAAUAGUUUUUUACGCUAUCUUGUAUAUAAAUAAUUGGAGCGUUAUUGCGCUCUCAACCGGCGGUACAUGUGCCUUUUUAAUAUCAAAAGUCUUUGUAUAUGACUGGCCGGACGCCUCCCAGCCAGUUUACCAAGUAUUCUUGAUCCUGACUUCCUUCACCCUGGCGUGGGGGGAGGCCUGGUUCCUGGACUUCAGGGUCUUACCUCAGGAACUACAGGCUAAACAGAUCCUGGACACCAUCGUCCACAACAACACAGAGCGAACCCCCCUGCUGGCCCCCCACAGACACCCUCGUGCUCAGUCGACGCACGGCGAGUCCACGGUCAACUGGUUCUCGCCCGUCGAGACCCCGGAGUCCAGUCCUAGGCCCAAACGGCCCGGGGACGUCAUCCUUACUCAAGAUCAGAUAGACGAAUACAAGCAAAUGGCGGAAGAGAGCAUGCAGAACGCUUGGAAUACGAUCAACCUGCCUGACUGGAAGCUAGAGAAGCGUGGCUCACAACGAGGUGACAUCGUCGAGUCCAGACAGACAGAGCAGUUUGGAAAAGUAUAUAGAUUCACUGGCGUUGUGGACUGUCCAGCAAAGUUCCUAUACGAAGAGUUCAAGAACAACAUCACAAAACUACCGGAGUGGAACCCGACUAUACUGAAGAGUGAAUUAAUAAAGGAAAUAGGCCCCGGCAUCGACCUAUCCUACCAGGUGACAGCGGGUGGGGGUAGGGGUAUCAUUUCCCCCCGGGACUUCAUCAUCCUCAGACGCAUGGCGCCCCUGUCUCGCGAGGGCCGACCCGUAGACACGGAGCCCUACUGCUACAUAACUUCGGGGGUCAGCGUGGCGGUGCCCGGGUACCCACCACACAGGGAUAUGGUCAGAGGUCACAACAAAGUGGGUUGUUGGUGUCUCAUUCCCAAGACUGUACAAACGGAGGGGGGGAAGACGGUCCAACGUACCGUAUUCCAAUGGCUCAUGUGCUGUGAUCUUAAAGGUAAAAUACCCCAAUUUGUCCUGGACGCCGCCUUUGCCACAGUGAUGUUGGACUACAUCAUACACGUCAGAAAAUUCGCAGCUGACAGCAAAGCUAAGGGCUUAUUUUAAUUUGUCACUUAUACUGGCAAAAGUUUCACAAAUUUACUGGCAUCAGCUUGGCAAAUAUAUAGGCAAAAGUUUGGCCAAUAUACUGGCAAAAGUUUUUCCAAACUUUGGCGCAUAACUGGCACAAAGUCAGGUGAUAAACAAGGCAAGAAAAAGAGGUUGGCAAAAGUUUUGCCGAUAU